AUGCGUUGUGCCACUCUCGUCCUCGCUGCCGCCGGCGCUGUUGCCGCUGCCGGUGUCACUGGCAAGCUCGGCGACGCUGCUGUCGUCACCAACAACCCUGCUGGCGCUGUCUACGUCGCCACUCUCCCCAACCGCGACGACACCCCUGUCCGGGGCAGCAUUACCGCCUCCUCCGUCGGCGGUGGUCAGGGCGUCCGCUUCCAGCUCUCCAUCUCUGGCCUUCCUGUCGACGAUGGCCCUUACACCUACCACAUCCACGACGAGCCUGUCCCCGCCGAUGGCAACUGCACCAAGACCCUGGCUCACCUCGACCCCUACGAGCGCGGCGAGGAUCCCGCUUGUGAUGCCACUCAGCCUCAGACCUGCCAGGUCGGUGAUCUCGCUGGCAAGCACGGCAAGCUCCAGGCUCCUGGCUCAUCUCUGAACUUCGCCGAUGACUACGCUGCUCUGGUUCCUGGCAUCGGGGCCUUCUUCGGCAACCGCAGCAUUGUCGUCCACUACCCGAACAAGACGCGCAUCACUUGCGCCAACUUCGAGAAGUCCUCCAACGGCUCCCUCCCCUCUCCGAUUCCGAGCGGUGCCUACGGCAACUCAUCGACUUCUGUCACCACUCCUGCAUCGACUUCGGGCUCCACGCCUACAACUGCCACUGGAACUCCCCUUCCUUCUUCCGGUGCCGCGCAUGGGGCUAUCUUCAGCGGGGCCGCUCUUUUGGCCGCUUUGGCCGCUCUGAUGCUUUAG